AUGAAAAUUUUUCAGAGGAUUUUAUCCUCUCUACUCUUAAUCAAAUUUGCUCUUUUGGUAUUGUUCAUUAAUAAUGCCAAAACAAAUGCAAUUCGCUUCCAGAUAACAACACCUCAUGAAAAUGGUUAUUUCAUGCUACCUGAAAAACUUAAUCAUGAAAUAAGAGAAAGCUCAAGAGGUUUUGAAAGAGAGAGAAAAUAUCAUUCGUUUCAAUCUGGUAAUAUUGAUGGCAUUUCAAAACCACCCCCAUCAGGUCCUAGCAAAGGUUCGAAUAAUAAACCACCCCCAUCAGGUUAUAGCAAAGGUCCUAAUCAUGACAUGUUCCCCUCUCAAAAAGUUCAUAUAAGUGGUAUUUCAAAACCACCCCCAUCAGGUCCUAGCAAGGGUUCAAACAAUCGACCACCCCCAUCAGGUCCUAGCAAAGGUCAUAAUCAUGAUAUGCCCCCUCCUCAAAAAGUUCAUACAGAUGGUAUUUCGAAACCACCUCCAUCAGGUCCUAGUAAAGGUUCAAAUAAUAAACCACCCCCAUCAGGUCCUAACAAAUAUCCUAAUCAUGACAUGUUUCUCACUCAAAAAUCUCACACUGAUGGUAUUUUAAAACCACCCCCAUCAGGUCCUAGCAAAGGUUCAAAUAUUCAACCACCCCCAUCAGGUCCUAACAAAGGUCAUAAUCAUGACAUGUUCCCCCCUCAAAAAGUUCAUAUUUAUGGUAUUUCAAAAUCAUCCUCAUCGGGUUCUAGCGAAGACUUAAAUAAUCAACCACCCCCAUCAAAUCCUAACAAAGGUCAUAAUCAUGACGUGUUCCUCCCUUCAAAAAUUUAUAUGUGA